AUUAGCCUUGUAAGCUGUAAUGGCAGCGCCGCUGCCCAUCGAAAUCGAACCAUCAUCAACUAAUGGUCAACCCCAUCUCGCCGACGCCUACAACCGUCACGUGGCUGUCGUAGCCUUCCCUUUCACUAGCCAUGCAAGCGCCUUGCUUGAGACCGUGCGCCGCCUAGCCACCGCCCUUCCAAACACUCUCUUCUCGUUCUUCAGCACUUCAAAAUCCAACAGCUCUCUCUUUUCCAACAACAGCAUUGAUAACAUGCCGCGUAACAUAAGGGUGUACGAUGUGGCUGACGGGGUGCCGGAGGGGUACGUUUUCGUGGGCAAGCCGCAGGAGGACAUAGAGCUCUUCAUGAAUGCCGCACCGGAAAACAUCCGGAGGAGCUUAGACGCUUCCGUGGCGGACAUCGGGAAGCAGAUCAGCUGCUUGAUCACCGACGCCUUCCUUUGGUUUGGAGUCCACUUGGCUGACGAGUUGGGAGUGCCUUGGGUCACUUUCUGGAUCUCCGGACUCAAAUCCCUCUCCGUUCAUGUGCAUACUGAUCUCAUCCGCGACACUAUUGGAACUCAAGGCAUUACAGGUCGUGAAAACGACCUCAUCGUCGACAAAAAUGUUAACAUCCAAGGUCUCUCCAAUGUACGAAUCAAAGACUUAGCGGAAGGAGUCAUUUUCGGAAACUUGGACUCGGUAAUUUCCGGCAUGCUACUUCAGAUGGGACGGCUCCUCCCCCGUGCCACCGCAGUUUUCAUGAACGGCUUCGAAGAAUUGGAACUCCCCAUACCAAACGACCUAAAGUCCAAAGUCAACAAACUCCUCAACGUAGGACCUUCCAACGUAGCAUCCCCGCUGCCACCGCUGCCGCCAUCAGAUGCUUGCUUGUCAUGGCUAGACAAGCAACAGGCUCCAUCCUCCGUCGUGUACAUAAGCUUCGGGACAGUGGCGAGCCCAGCGGAGAAGGAGCAGAUGGCAAUAGCGGAGGCCCUGGAAGCCACCGGAGCACCCUUCUUGUGGUCUAUCAAGGACAGCUGCAAGACACCGUUGCUGAACGAGUUCUUGACAAAAACAUUGUCAAAGCUGAACGGGAUGGUGGUGCCGUGGGCUCCACAGCCGCAUGUACUGGCCCACGAUUCGGUCGGAGCCUUCGUGUCGCAUUGCGGCUGGAACUCGAUAAUGGAGACUAUAGCAGGACGGGUGCCCAUGAUUUGUAGGCCAUAUUUUGCAGACCAGAGGCUUAAUGCAAGGAUGGUGGAGGAGGUGUUUGAGAUCGGGGUAACCGUGGAGGAUGGAGUUUUUACCAGGGAGGGGCUGGUAAAAAGCUUGGAAGUGGUUUUGUCGCCUGAAAGUGGGAGGAAAUUCAGAGACAAUAUAAAGAGGGUCAAACAACUGGCAGUAGAGGCGGUUGGACCACAAGGGAGCUCCACUCGGAACUUCAAAUCGCUGUUGGACAUCGUAUCAGGAUCCAAUUAUCAAGUAUAGUACGGGGACCAUAAAUAUGUAGCACU